CAACACAACCAACUCAACCAUAUGAUUUAGCUUCUCUUUCUGCUUUCUGGUUUAGGUUAUUUUUAUCUUGUCAUUUAAUUUAUUUUAUAUUUUUAAUUUCAAUCAACAUUAAUCUAGUAUUUAAAACGCUCAUUAACAUUGUAAUUAAACAUAUCUAAAUACUCUAGCUGUUAUGGACAAUAGAACUGAUUUGAUCUCCAUUAGAGUUAAUAGAGUUGUUAGCAGAGAUGUUAAAACUGAUCACUUCAUGGAACCAGGUGAAUUUGAAAGAUUAUUAUUAGCAGAUGACAAUUUUGAAACUGACAGCAUUGGUAAACAAUUUGUUGACAAAUGGAGGCGAUUACCCAAAAGCUUGUCUCAAAUUUUUUUAGGAGAGACAUUCUGCUUCUCAAUUAUGGUUGUCAAUGAUUCAGUGACUGAACCAGUUAAAGAUGUCAGUGUUAAAAUUGACCUGCAAUUUGCAAAUGAUCGAAUGAUUAACAUUGGUUUCCUGAAAAGUCCCCUUUUGGAUUCAAAGCAAUCUCUCGAUGAAAUCAAACAUUAUGAAAUCAAAGAUUUGGGUUCUCAUGUGUUAAUCUUUUCUAUAUCAUACAGAACUGUAACUGAUGAACCACAUAUUUUUAGAAAAUAUUUUAAAUUUCAAGUUGAAAAACCGUUGGAUGUGAAGACCAAGUUUUAUAAUGCAGAGAGUGAUGAAGUUUAUCUGGAAGCUCUUUUACAAAAUCUAACCAAUCUACCUAUUUGCCUGGAGCGGGUUACUCUCGAACCAUCACAAUAUUUUAAUGUCAAAGGGCUGAACAAAGUAACAAUUGAUGGUGAAGAACAGUGGGUUUUUGGUAAAAUUAAUAGAUUUAAUCCGAUGGAAAGUCGUCAAUAUUUAUUCUGUUUAACUCCGAAACCUGAAGUUAAAGCUAAUUUAAAACUAUUAAGAUCAGUGACAGUAAUAGGUCGAUUAGAUAUUGUUUGGAUUUCAGGUAUUGCUGUUCCUGGUCAUCUUCAAACAUCACCGCUUGAACGAAUGGCACCGAAUUACGUUGACAUUCGCUUAACGAUUGAAGGAAUACCUAGUCAAGCCGAAUUAAGACACAAAUUCAACAUAACCUUUCGAAUUACAAAUUACUGUGAUUUUGAUAUUGAACCGGCUUUAAUUUUCGAUAACAAGGAUGAGAAACAAGCGAUUCUUUGGUUAGGAGUUUCUGGAAAAGUAUUGGACAGAAUAUCGCCACAUCAAUGUUAUGAUUUUACUUUAACAGCUUAUCCGAUUGAUACUGGGCUUCAGGCAAUUCCAAAAGUCAAAAUUAGUGACACUUUAUCCAAAAAUUUCUAUGAAUUUGAUGAGAUGGCUUAUGUAUUUAUCAAUGAUCCGAAAAGUGUAUGAAGUGUCACCGGAAAACCUUUAAUACACCAUGAUAGCUAUUAUUAUUUUUGACAAUAAUUCAGAUUUAAAGAAAGAAAUUGUAUCCAAUGGAUUAUAAGAAUGAUGCGGAUUUUAAUUUAAAGCCAUUUUUAAUAUCACUUUG